CCCGCCUUGCGCGGGCGGGGUCAAAGGUCCCGCGCUGCAACAUGGCGGCGCCCAGCGGCAGGGAGGUGCUGUCUCUCUACAGGAUGAUGUUGCGGGAAAGCAAGAAAUUUUCCAGUUACAAUUAUAGGACAUUUGCACUCCGGAGGAUUAGGGACACUUUUCGAGAACACAAAAAUGAGGCAAAUACUGAAGUUAUCCAAGAGCUAAUAGAAAAGGCUAAAACCAACAUGGAAGUUAUUAGGAGACAGGUACUCAUCGGCCACUUGUACACCACGCAAAAGCUCGUCAUUGAAAACCAGUGAAAGUGAUCAUUUGGAGCUUUCAAUCUGCUUUGUGCCAGUGGUGAUAUUCUAACCUUCAGGAACUCAAUCUUCCCUCUCUACAAUGUUUGGCAACACUGGAAAAGAUUAUGGAAGCAAGACUUACACAACAGUGUAAUCAAUACAUUUAACUCUCCUAAGUUGCAAUAUUGCUAAAUUUUUUCAAUUCUGUAGUAAAGGUAAAGGUCAGCUAUGUAAUUAAAAAUGCAUUAUUUGUAAUCCCAAUGUAAUGUUUAAUUUUCAAUGUUGCACAUACUAAUGAGCAGAGAGAAUCUAUGGUUAAAUAUUAGUUUUCUGUUCGACCAAUAAAAAUUCCCUAAUGAA